AUGCGAUUCCCCGGUCCACAGCUGGCCGCUGGCCGGAGCAAGUGCAAAGUACUGCCCGUGGACGCUAGGUGCCCCGACCCGACAUGUGUCCGAUGCGGCCGCGCCACCCGCGCCACCGGCGUGCAGAGGCCAACGGAAAAGCCGAUCAGUAGGACACGGUCGCGCGGGCUCUCUGUGCGCACCUUCUUGCCGCCUCGGACAGUUCCGGUCUUCAUUGAAGAUAACCACGGCCGUCUGGCAAGAAAACUACGGUUCUUGCACUCCAGGGGAACCGUCCAACUGCGCCAAAAUAGAAAGGCCUUGCCGAAUCGCUCAGAUACAGCUGUCCUGUGCACAAAGUGUCGGCCUCCAGUUUCGAACUACGACACAGCCAUGGAUGCUAUGGACGCCGACUGGUUCGAACGCGACCUUCUGCAGAGGCCAGUAAACACUCCGGGCAGCGAUAACAGGUUGUUCCGCUGUGGACACAAGCGCGCCCUACCUGUGGCACCUCCAUCACCUAGCAAUGCCAAACGCUUCCGGCCUGCCGAACAGCAGCAGUUGUGGCCGCAGCAAUGGCCACAGCAGCAGCAGCAGCAGCUGCAGCAACAGAUGAUCCAAACUCCUACUCAGCGCACGGACUUCGACAGCUGGCUCGCCGAGGUUCACGGCUGCUAAGCUAUGCUGCUUUUAGAGCUCGUUGGCAGCCCAACAGAAGCACGCUCUGUUUGGUUGUGCAGGCUGCCUACGAGGGCGGUGAACACUGUGAUGAACUGCAUUGUUAGUGCUGCUUCUGAAGGCAGAGGACAUUUACAAACCAUUUUUUUUAAGACCUGCGCACAUUUGAGAGAAGCUCAUCACCUGCCAAAGAUGAAGGCAUCAGCCACUCCUUGCAGACAGUAAUGGCUCACAGGACACCAGAUUGCACGACGGAGAGUGCCGCUUGUGAUUGGAGGAUAGUGGUCACUUGUUUUCCUCAAUAAAGAUGUUCUACCUUAUUGUUAAA